AUGGCGGCUGCAGUACUUCCCAACGUCUCGGUCUCCGGCCCAUUCCCUAUGGCAUCCCACCAGCGCAUCUCAAACAACAAGAUGCCUCCGACUGCUUCGUCCUCUCGUUCAAAACAGCCCUCCUCUUCUUCCUCUUCCUCAGCAGCAGCAGCGAAUUCAUCCACAAAACCGUUUACCCGCCUUCGUUCUUCCCUUGAGCAGAGUAUUCGGACUGCGACGAGGUCUAAGAAGCAGGCACCUCCCAUCGACGACUUCGCGACUAUUACACCCAAGACCAGCAAGGGAAAGGAAAGGGAAGAUCCACAGAAAGAUAAAGAGAGACAUGGGGUGCUAAGAAAAUUGGAAUCCAAAGUCAACUUCCGUCGCGGUGGCAGAGAGUCCGUUACACCGGCCUCUUCGCCCAUUCCGCCUGCCGCGGACGAAUCCACCGACAAGGCUCUGCCAUCUCCCAAUUCACAACCUGUAAUUCCCACCUCAUCUUCAUCGACCAGCUCUGCCCUUGUUUCUCCAGCGCGACCAGCUCGAGACAGGACGCGAAGAUCGAGCAAUAACCAUCCGUCGCAAAUUUCACCACCAGCUCUCACCGAUGGUCGCUCCGUAUCCGGAUCCAAGGAACCAGUACUGAGGCAUAAGUCUACCAAAUCCGCUCCUCACAAUAUCUCACCUCUACCAUCCAGCCAAUCGGUAGAUCUAGCGACCCGUCCGCCAGGGACACCUUCAAAGCCUCGCCGUGAACUCAGUAGUCCUCCUGAUACGCCGACACCUGCGUCAGGGUCGCGAGGGCAACUUUCACCCAAAAUGCCUGCACAAAAUUCAGAUUCGCCAUCUGCCUGGGUCGUCUCCUACACCCAGCGAACCUCUGUGGAUUCGCGGCGACCGUCCAUAGACUCUCCGCGGAGACCGUCAAUAGACUCUCCUCGGCGGCCAUCUACUGGAUCCCCGAACUUAGCCAGAGACGAAUCUCCAUCACCAAUUCGACCGCGACCUGUAUCACCAAGUCAACGUUCAUACGCUCAGAACAGGCACUUCAACAUCUCAAGCGCUUCAUUGACAUCGCCUUCGGAUCCCGUAUCUCGUGAGCUUAUUAGGUCAGCUACCACGUUGCUAUGUAAGGAGGUCAAUAAGCCUCCUGUGCAUGCCACGCGAACGGAAGUAGGGGCGAGGGAUUGGGAGGAGGUGGAGAUCCGUAUGCGUGCCUUGUCACGGCUUGAACGAAUAUGGGGCAAGAGUAGUGCGAACGGCAGUUCGAGCAAUCUGUCUAACGUUGGUGCAUUGUCAUCCAGCGGACUUGGCGCAAGUGGCGAAGAGCGUGAACGUCGACUGUUUACGGAAGCACUGCGAGAUGGUUUCGUGCUGUGCCAGUUAAUGAAUAAGCUCCGCUCAAGCUCAGUCGUGCGCCCUGACCCUCGCGAAGACGGUUUAGUCAGAAGUUCUAACAUUACGAAGUUCCUCGCAGCCUGUUCCUCGUAUGGGUUGCCUGAUGACGACUUGUUUCAACGCGAUGAUUUAAUCGAGGCUUCAGGAGAGUCAUUGACGCGUGUCGCCACAACGAUUAUCGCGUUGAUCAAGUUCGCCGAGGCUCCUAUCGCCGAUCCAUCGAAGGUCCUGUCAGGUCAAACCAAGAAACCGUCUCCGGCAGGCCCUUACACUCAGGGUACGACUUCCCGGGCCGCCUCCUCCUCACCAAAUCUAUUCACCCAGAGCACUCCUCCGCCGACUCCGUCGCCUGGUCGCAAACGAUGGAACCCGUCUUCCGGAUUGCCCACUGUACGAUCGGAUAGUCCUGACGAGGCAUCUGUCUCAAAGAGUCAAACACAACGAGAUAGACCUAUUGUCGACGAUGAUCGGAGCAAAGAUAUUGCAAAGGUGUUAACCCCUCCCCCUAGGUCUCCCCUUCGUGCUCGUUCCACCAAGACGGUGAAUGAAGAUGAGGAUGGCCGUGGCCUGUUCACAUGCGCCGUGAACCCUCGUUCUUCUGUCGCUGACUCUACUCGUGCUUCCAUCGGCGACGCGUCCGUCCGGGACUCGGUUACCUCUAAUCAUUUCAUUCGUCAUUCUACUGUUUCGACCAUGACCGAUACCAGUACCGCUACCACAGGAACCAUGUUCUCUAGUCUCUUGGACGUCGGAAGGGCGACAAGUAGUGUCUUAAACAAGUUCGGUACCAUUCGAACAAUCACCACUGAGGCUACUUCCGAAUCACCCUCCAUAAGUCGAGCGGAAGGCAGCUUUAUCAUUGAAGAGCUAGCUCGUAAACGAACGGAUUCCAGUGGCAAGUAUGAUCGCAAGCUGAGCGAUGCCGCAAUUGUAGAUCUUUCCAGGGUGAUUGAGGAGACAGAUGAAAGUAGCGCAAGCUCUAGGGGUAACGGUCGCCAUAAAGCGAAGCGUGCUGCAGCAGAACCGGAAGCAGAAACAGAGGAAAAUAAACCAGAGCGAGCUCAUGCUCUUCGUCUUGGCAAAGGUAAAUGGCCAGAUGACUUCCUUGACGUUCUCCAGGCGCAUAAUCAACCUCGACCUGCCCCUGCUAAAUCAUCUACAUCGUCCGAUGACAUCGAUGAUCGUUCCUACACCCCAUCACCUACAUCCACAUCGGCCCCUCGAAAGCUUGCCAUUGUCGGCUCUAAUCGCCGGAAUGAGAGUGUCGAAUCUCUACCACAAUUUCCAAGAAGACCCACUCAACGUGCACGUCAUAGCAUUGACUCACCGGUUCUCUUACCCCGUGAACCUUCCCUUCGCCGGGAUGUCAGUCCCGACGCUGCCUCGUCAAGCAAGGCCAUACUUCGACGACAUAGUACCAAGCCUGCCCAGCGAAGUGGAUCUCUCGUGCCCAAGAAUGUCGAUGAAUCUCGGGGCUCGGAUUCGGACAAGAUGGUACCGUUUCCUCGAACAGCGUCUGGGGAGCACACUCCUCGCAUUUCUCCACACUCCUCGUCCGGAGACAGCCCCGCCGGAAGUUCCGAUGCCCCUCGUCCUCUCCGUGGUCGAUUCCAAAGCGACAUCGAGGGUAGCAGUAGGAGACGUACUCGUCCUAGCUCGUACGAUGAAUUGGGUGCCAAGCCUGCAAGAUCCCGGAUAGAGAGCAUGGUCAACUUGGGUGUGGCGUCAUCGGGGAACACAAGUGCUAGUGAUUUGCUGUCGCGAGAUUCGAUGGAGGGGAGUGCGGUACGCAAGCCACUGAUCAUUCGAGAGGAGGGAAAGCCACCGACCCAUUUCCAACUCGGUAAUUGUAUCGGUCGUGGACAAAUGGUGGCCGUUAAACGGAUUAGGCUUGAGGGGUUGAAGGAAGACGAGGUUACGACGCUGAUGAGAGAGGUGGAUCUUGUCAAGCGACUGUCGCAUCCAAGCAUAGUCAAAUAUGAAGGCAUGGCCCGAGACACUGAUACUUUGAGUAUCGUUCUUGAAUACGCAGAGAAUGGGUCCCUUGGUCAAACACUGAAGGCGUUCGGCAAAUUGAAUGAGCGUCUCGUUGCUAGCUACGUGGUCAAAAUUCUUGAGGGUUUGCAUUACCUGCAUACAAGCGACGUUGUACAUUGUGAUCUCAAAGCAGCUAAUAUCCUCACCACUAAGAACGGCAACGUCAAGCUUUCCGACUUUGGUGUAUCUCUAAACCUGCGUGCUAUGGAGCGAGAAAUUAAGGAUGUUGCUGGGACGCCUAACUGGAUGGCACCGGAGGUCAUAGAACUCAAAGGUGCCUCUCCGAAGUCCGAUAUCUGGUCGUUGGCAUGUACGGUGAUAGAACUGCUUACUGGAAGACCGCCGUACGGUGAUAUCGCCAACAGCAUGUCAGUAAUGUUUCGCAUUGUGGAGGACGAAAUGCCGCCAAUUCCAGAUGGCUGCUCUCCUCUACUGGAAGGAUUUCCUGCAACAAUGUUUCAACAAAGAUCCGGCCAAGCGACCCGUGCAGAUUUGCAGAAAUCGGAGGCAGUCCGAUUUUUGUCCCAGGUCGAAAUGCCAGAUACACCCCUGGGAGAAUAUCCCCACGACGAUGCGAUCAGCGGCUCACCUCCUCGUCGUCAUUCCAACUCAUCGGCUCGACCGUUGGCCGAUAACGACAUUUCACCUCGCGAACAUACCUUUGUGAAAACCACAUUCAGUAAACCCUUAUCUCCCAUUCCAAGUGUGCCCGUAAUGCCCCGCCCACUUGCGAUCCUCCGUGCUCAGCUAUUAUUAUACGCCCAUAUCGAUGUGCCUCCUGCUACCCCAAACACAAGCGCUAACUCACAAGUGCCUACUGCGUUCAAGUUCAUUGAAGCAUUCAAGCGGUCGCGAAGUAACCUUACUCCAGAUCAAGACUAUUCCGUAGCUGGCUCGUCAGCGUCUUCUCCGGACAAGGCUAGCCGUACCAAGGGCCCCGCCUUGCAGCGGAAGUUAACGAGGGAGCGGCCACAAUCGCUAUCGAGCAACAGUACUGCACCGAAUAGUUCUAGUCUCAGGAGUGCACCUGAAAGCACUGGAAGGAAGUCUACGUUUUCUACUGAUACUGAUGGUGGCACGCGUUCGAUAUCUCCCAUUGAAGAGGGUGAAGUUCAUUCACCGUCGAGGAUAGCGUCCGGAUUCUCAGACGAGGGUCAUUUUCCUGGAGCUUUGGUCGAUUCUCGUCGUCAUAGAAAGACCAAAUCCGCCGGUAACUGCAUCGUGCAGUGA